AUCGUGACUUUCUCCGCGGUUAGACGAUCGUUUGAUGUAUUGGCGUGUGUAUGUGUCGACGGUGCUUGGAACGCGAGAGAACGGCGCGCGUCUGUCACAUCCUGGCGGAAAUCGCGGCUUCAGAGAUCACAAGAGACGACGAUGCCAGGGAAGACGGCAGGUCAUCAGCACGCGGCGGAGCGCUCGUAGCCGCAACUAGCGAACAUCGUCAUCCUCGCCGAUCGGAUCGGCGGCCGACUUGGGCGUGUGUCUCGCAUAUGGGAAAGGUGGUUUUGUGUUUGUGAGAGAGCGGCGCGCGAGCGUGCGCAUGAGAGAGAACAGACACGCACGGUGGGCUUUUGACGGAUCCGUGACUGCUGCAAUGGCGACGGCGCCUGGCGACUCGCCUACUUUCUAAGCCUCGCCGACGGUGAGAGGUUGAUCGCGCACGAUCCGUCUCGCGUUCGCCAUCCGUUUGGACUCGUCGUACCGACGGGAUUAUCGACGGCGACGACGACGAGGCGUCGGGUCCUGACCGAGCCGUCUGCAUUCACGGGAAGUGUGAUCGCGUGUAUUAUUUCUCGUGGCGAUGUAGCAGCAGCCCUCGCAACGGAGUGCCCGGAGGAGUCUGGAUAUAUCCGGAGAAUGCGCGGAAUCGCCUCGGGGCCUCCCCUCGUGGAUGUGAUCCUUCCCUCACGGCCCGUUUCCUGCCGCGAUAUCCAGCCGACAGUUCCGUCUGUUCUGUGCCGCCGCGAUCCGUCAUCGUCGGGACAACACAGCUGACAGAUCUCGUGUUCGCGAUUCGAUUUCACGAACAUUGAUCGUUCGCCGUGCAGAACAGCGCGAACGAUUCGGACUAGUCCACAGCGAUCGGUGAUUCUAUAAAAGUGCACGUGUGCGAUGCGUUCGACGCCCACGUAUUUUUAGCAAUCGCUAUUAGACGGUUGUCAUAUCAGAACUUUGCUUUUCGCGCAGCGAUCGGUUGUGUGGCGUCGUAUCGAUUUUCACGUGGCGAUCGGUCGUUAAAUGCGAGAAGAAGCCAGACGGCCCGCUUGAGAAGAGAAGACACUAGAAUCGAUAUAGAUCGGAGGACCACGCGCAAACAUGGGGAACUGUUUCAGCAGUCCGACGGACGUGGAGAAGGAGAAGACGGACAGGAUCGGCAAUCCGAGCAUCGAGGCGGUCGCGUCGCAGGCGAGCCCGGUGCCGACGCCGCCGCCGGAUCCCAUCAGACCGAUACCGCAGAUCCCGGACACGGAUGUCACGACCGCCAAGAUAUUCGUCGCUCUUUACGACUAUGACGCGCGCACCGACGAGGAUCUGAGCUUCAGGAAGGGAGAGCACCUGGAGAUACUCAACGACACGCAGGGCGACUGGUGGCUGGCGCGGAGUAAACGGACCAGGCAGGAGGGCUACAUCCCCAGCAACUAUGUCGCCAAAUUGAAAUCGAUCGAAGCGGAACCAUGGUAUUUCAGGAAGAUCAAGCGAAUCGAGGCUGAGAAGAAACUGCUGCUACCGGAAAACGAUCACGGCGCGUUUCUAAUAAGAGACUCCGAGAGCCGACACAAUGAUUACUCCCUUUCAGUGCGCGACGGUGACACGGUCAAGCAUUAUCGUAUUCGCCAAUUGGACGAGGGCGGCUUCUUCAUCGCCAGGCGAACCACGUUCAGGAAUCUGCAGGACCUCGUGGAGCACUACAGCAAGGACGCGGAUGGCCUGUGUGUCAAUCUGUGCAAGCCCUGCGUGCAGGUGGAGAAACCCGUAACCGAGGGCCUUAGUCACCGCACGCGCGACCAGUGGGAGAUCGAUCGUUCGUCGUUGAAGUUCCUGAGAAAACUGGGACAGGGCCAGUUCGGCGAGGUAUGGGAGGGUCUGUGGAACAACACCACCCCGGUGGCGAUAAAGACGCUCAAGCCGGGCACCAUGGAUCCGAAGGACUUCCUCGCCGAGGCGCAGAUCAUGAAGAAGCUCCGGCACGCCAAGCUGAUCCAGUUGUACGCUGUAUGCACCAUGGAGGAGCCGAUUUACAUUAUCACGGAAUUGAUGAGGAACGGAAGUUUGCUGGACUACCUGCAAGGUAGGAUAAAGCGAAAGAAGCGAAAGCGGCGAAAAGGCGAUAAUUUCAACGAUUCAGAUUCAGAAACCGAUUCUGAAACACAUUCAGAAACAAAUUCAAGAACAAGUAAAGGUAGAGGCCUAAAAUUGACGCAAUUAAUUGACAUGGCGGCUCAAAUAGCUGCUGGUAUGGCAUAUCUGGAAUCACAGAAUUACAUUCAUCGAGACUUGGCAGCUCGUAAUGUUCUCGUGGCGGAUGGAAACGUUGUGAAAAUCGCAGAUUUUGGAUUAGCUAGGCUUAUCAAGGAAGAUGAAUACGAGGCGAGAAUAGGAGCGCGCUUCCCUAUCAAGUGGACCGCGCCCGAAGCCGCCAAUUACAGUAAAUUCAGUAUUAAAUCUGACGUAUGGUCCUUCGGUAUUCUUCUCACCGAAUUGGUCACAUACGGUAGAAUACCUUAUCCAGGUAUGACGAACGCGGAAGUUCUUCAUCAGGUGGAACAUGGUUAUAGAAUGCCAUGUCCACCUAGCUGUCCCGACACGCUUUACAACAUUAUGCUGGAAUGCUGGAACAAGGAUCCUAUGAAGCGACCGACCUUCGAGACGCUUCAGUGGAAACUCGAGGACUUCUUCACCAUGGAAGGUUCCGAAUACAAGGAAGCAUCCGCGUAUUGAAUGAAGGAUUUCAAAGUUUUCUUCCACGUUACUCCAUUGAGAGAUGCGAUAGUUUAAAGUUUUCUUUCCCUCUCUUUCCCUUCUUUCUUUUUUUUUACGUUUUUGUUUUUGCACAUUCUGUCUGCCAUAAAACUCGAAGAACGAUAUUUGUACAUUUUUACCUAUAUGACUCGAGAAACAUACAUUGGCAUUUUGAUAGCUCCGUUAGGAGCGGCGAUACGGUUUUAGAUAACAUUUUAGAUCGCAGUAAGGAUGUUAUACAUGUAGACGUUGAAUGGCCUUUGUAAAAUCGUUCGUAAGUGUCAGUUAGUGUGAGGUAGAUCUUGAUCAUAAACGGUGGUAAAUUCCGGUCGGUGAUGCCGCGCGAUCACGCGCCAGUAGCAAUGUAAUAUAUUCGUGUACAAUGUAUAAAAAUUGUACUUCCCGUAUUAUACAAUUAUCGUUACAUACUACGAAGCGAUGAGGAGUGUCAAUCUCUUGGUGAGAUCGUAUCGACAGCAUUGUAGACGACGGACCACGCGAAUGCACAACUUUUAUCAUUCCUAUUUUCUCACUUGAGCGAAGGCGGAUACGAAACGAUUUCGCGCACGCCGUGUGUGUGUGUGUGUGCAUCGGAGUGCGAAGAUCGGAGAUUUAUAACCGGUCCGUCCAAGACAACGCGCAUAACGCUGUAUCUUGUGGCGACUGCAGCGUCGAACGACGUUUAUCCUUUCGUCUAUCCCGUCGAUCUGUCACGAAACGACUAAUACUGACGUAAACUGCCGGUUAAUGUUUUUCUAAGGUACACUUGUCACUCGUAACGUGUAGGAUCACCCUUCGGAAGUAUACGCGAGAGAGUGUGCAUCUAUGGGAAUAUCCCAUGCAUCGAAUAAACAUACCGAUCUGCAGCGGAGACGAAGAAUCGACGAGUAUCGAAUUUUUAAGUAUUCCGAGAAGAGAAUAUGCAUUAUGAUUUUUUUUCUUGUGUAUCAUCUUCGUUGAUCAUCAUUCGGCCAUUGUUCAUGUUAUCAAAUUCAUUUUUAUAUACUUUUAUAUAUCGUAUCUAACAUUUUAUUGUACUCAUUUAAUACGACUUUUCACGCUAGCGAAUGACUCGAAACUUACGAAUAAUUAUUAUGCGUAAAAGUAAGCGAGUAAUAUUGAAUCGCGCAUAGGUGCACUGUGUCUCGCUGUUGGUCGCGAGUCACGUGUCUCAUGACAUAUUUCAUAAACAUUAAAUCUGUAAUGAUAAAUGUGUGCGUGAUGAAAUAUUAUAUAUAGAUAUUUUAGCAAUACUUUAAUCUCCCUUUUUAACACACGCGUGCGCGCGUGAAUGUGUACGGAAUGUGCCAAAAUCAUCACCAUUCCUUUCGCCCAUUCGAUUCUACAGCGAAUUUGGAGUCGAUCUUUCCGUGAUAAAAGUUUUACUGGAGAUUUUUACGAUUUUAAACAACUUUUGCAUUAACUGUUUUGAUAAACAAAGUUUCAGAAUUACGUUGUUUAUAGUGUUUAAAAAAAAAAAUUAAGAGAGCUGGCUCCAAUUUCGUCCGAGAUACGCUCCGAAAGUUUGACGCAAACCUUACAAAAUACACACGCGCAAUGCAUAUGUAUAUACGUUUGCAUAUGCGAUAUUAACUAGCAUCCAUCUUCUGUUGUGAAGUCAGAGCUGUGUUAAUAAUACCAAAAUAAUCACAAAUUGUAAAGAAGUGUACUGACAGGCGGUACCGCGUGAUAAAUUUUUGUAAUACCGUUAUACUGCAUCGAUCAACUUUUCCGUGGGAAGUGAGAUUUUCUUCCAUUACGUGCUACUUUAUUUUAAGUCUGAAAGCCUUGAUUUUAGCGAGGAGACAUAUUAUUUGUAAUGAAACAUUGAAAUAAGUAAUUUUACAUUUUGAAGCGGAGAUAUUCUCGCAGGUAUCGCCAAAAUUGUACGCAAGAAAGCUAUCGACAAUUAUCAGUUGUGACGACAUUACACUAAGAGAUGAAUAAGAUAAAGAAGCUAUCAAUUAUAUAUAAUAAUAAUGAAAUGUAAUGCAACGAUUGCAAGCACAAAACGGAUGAAAGUUUACACUGGAGUUACUGUUAACUUAUAUCCAGGCAGGCUCUUUUCCUACAAUUGUGAGGAAAAGUGAUUUUCAAUGGAAUCACAAUGUAAUACGAAACCUGUGGCGAGUGAAAAUAUAAAUACUUAGAUGUAUAAGAAGUAAUCGAUAAAAUAAACGCAACAGUUUUGUUUA